UUUCUCGCACAUACACAUACCGCAUCCGCACAACCACUACUCACUCCACACCUAACUACUAGCAAAAUGGCGUCGGGUAGCUCCAAGGCCGUCAUCAAGAAUGCGGACAUGUCUGAGGAGAUGCAGGCAGACGCCGUGGACUGCGCCACUCAGGCCCUGGAGAAGUACAACAUCGAGAAGGACAUUGCGGCCUACAUCAAGAAGGAGUUCGACCGGAAGCACAACCCGACGUGGCACUGCAUCGUCGGCCGCAACUUCGGCUCCUACGUAACACACGAAACGAAGCACUUCAUUUACUUCUACCUUGGGCAGGUGGCCAUCCUGCUGUUCAAGUCGGGCUAAGCGGCCGCGGAGCUUCGGGCGCGCGGGAGUUGGACUCAGGCGGUAGCGCGGGGGGCGCUAGGGACAUAGCGGGGAGGGGUGCAAAUGUAAUCAUGAAUCUGUACAGUGUAUGUGUGCUCUUCAUAAGACGGCUGGGGCCUUAGGUAGAAGGAGGGGCGGAGCGCGGUCUCUGGGGCCCCUCGAUCGGGCCGCGCCUCCUUGGUGGACUGAUAGAAAACUGACGGACAUGACUGAUGACAACAUGACGUUUAUGGUGCUUGGAGGACUCGCAUUUGACGCGGCAUGACUUCAAAAGCCCUGCAAAUGCAGCGGCAUUCUCGCGGGGGGCUUCUGUAACGGCGGACGUAU